CUGGGUUGGUGGGGGCGGACUUCCUGGGGCCGCCCGUGAGGAUGUGGUGCGAGCACCCGGGCGGCCGUCAGCCCGGGAGUUGCGGCGGCUGCCGACCCCCGCGGCCCCGCUGACUUGAGUGACCGCAGUCGAGAUCCGUCCCAGGUGCGGCCGGGCAGCGUCCGCCGCAGAUCCGUCCCCAGGCGGCACCAUUCACUGUCCCUGAAAGCAGCUGCUGUUGGCCGCUGAGAUGAUCUCAUCAGAACAUGGCUCCAGCGACCUCAGCUGCAGCUUCUUCGGGCGGCCUGCUGUCUGCUAUGGCAGUGUUUUGAGACAGGCAAAAGCAGAUUUUAUCAUGUGGGCAUCCUGCUGCAACUGGUUCUGCUUGGAUGGACAGCCUGAGGAGGCACCACCACCACAGGGAGCCAGGACACAAGCCUAUUCCAACCCUGGGUACAGCUCCUUCCCUUCCCCCACAGGCUCGGAACCUAGCUGCAAGGCCUGUGGGGUCCAUUUUGCAAAUACAACUCGGAAGCAGACCUGCUUGGACUGUAAGAAAAACUUCUGCACGACCUGUUCGAGCCAAGAGGGGAGUGGGCCACGCCUCUGCCUUCUCUGCCUGCGGUUCCGAGGCACAGCCUUUCAGCGGGAGGAGCUCAUGAAGAUGAAGGUGAAGGACUUGAGGGACUACCUCAGCCUCCAUGACAUCUCUACCGAAAUGUGCCGGGAGAAGGAAGAGCUGGUGUUUCUGGUGCUUGGCCAGCAGCCUGUCAUCUCUGAGGCGGACAGGACUCAUGUCCCCACCUUGUCCCAGGACUUUCCCGAGCAGCAGGCCUUCCUGACCCAGCCUCACACCAGCACAGUACCUCCUACCUCACCUGGCCUCACUUCUCCACCUGCACAAGCCACCUCCGUUCCCCCAGCCCAGGCUCAGGAAAAUCAGCAGGCCACUGGCCAUGUGUCUCAGGAUCCCGAGGAGCCCAUCUUCCUGGAGAGCACAGCCAGAGCACCUGCCGAGGAUGAGACCCAGUCCAUUGAUUCAGAGGACAGCUUUGUCCCAGGCCGGAGGGCCUCCCUGUCUGACCUGACCCACCUGGAGGACAUUGAAGGCCUGACAGUGCGGCAGCUGAAGGAGAUCCUGGCUCGCAACUUCGUCAACUACAAGGGCUGCUGUGAGAAGUGGGAACUGAUGGAGCGGGUGACUCGGCUGUACAAGGAUCAGAAAGGACUCCAGCACCUGGUGUCUGGUAAUGAAGACCAAAACGGAGGAGCGGUGCCUUCUGGCCUGGAGGAGAACCUGUGUAAGAUCUGCAUGGACUCACCCAUUGACUGUGUUUUGCUGGAGUGUGGCCACAUGGUGACCUGUACCAAGUGUGGCAAACGCAUGAAUGAAUGUCCUAUCUGCCGGCAGUAUGUCAUCCGAGCAGUGCACGUCUUCCGGUCCUGAGGGCUAGCAUUAGCUUCUUCAGUGCCUUACAGAGGACACAGCCCAAAGUGUCUGGGCUCAGGGUUGGUCUGACGCACAAGGGCAGUCUAUUGCAAGAAGCUGGCGGUGUUCGUAAGACUAGGACAAGCAGAGGUGCUUGGCAUGCCUGUCUUGCCAUAGGGUGUACUUCUUAGGUGGCAGAGUCCAAAGUCAGGGGGAACGGAUUCAGAUCACAUGAGUGCCUGCUUCUGUGAUCAGUGGGUGGUGUUAAUCAAUGAAAAGGACUUUCCAGAACAUGGACCAUGUCUU